AUGGGAGCUGUUAGCACAGGUGUAGUGCGAACAGCGUCGCUCGUUGAGCAAUUGCGUAACCGCAUGCAAUCACACAACCUGCAUGCGUACAUUGUGCCGUCAGAGGACGAACAUGCUAGUGAGUAUCCCUCAGAUGCAGAUUUGUUGCGAGGGUAUAUAACUGGCUUUAACGGUUCUGCUGGAUGCGCCCUUGUAACGCAGAAAGAAGCGCUCCUUUUUACGGAUGGCCGCUACUUUCUCCAAGCUUCGCAGCAGCUUGAGCCAGGCGUUUGGACGCUUAUGCGUAUGGGCGAGCCGGGCGUGCCUUCGUGGGAUAAUUGGCUUGUAGAAAACAUGCCGGCAAAUUCACGCGUCGGCGUAGAUCCGAAACUCAUUAGUGCCGAAGACGCACACACACUAGAGGAAGCGCUCAAGCUUUCGUCAUCAGCACUCGUCCCACUUCACGACAAUUUGGUUGCUAGUGUGUGGCCAGACCGUCCUGCCCGGCCGCACGAGCCUAUCUUCCCACUACCUGAAUCCAUUACAGGACAGAGCGUUGCCACAAAACUGCAAGCAUUGCGGGAAGAAAUGCGGAAGCAGCAAGCGUCGGCCUUUGUCGCCACUAUGCUCGACGAAGUGGCAUGGCUCUUGAAUUUGCGUGGAAAUGAUGUACCGUUCAAUCCAGUGUUCUUUGCUUUUGCUAUUAUCACACAAGAUGCAUGUCACUUCUACGUGGAUGAGUCGCAGCUUUCUGAAGAUGCGCGGAGGCAUCUUGGAUCGCAGGUUACGGUUCGUCCAUACGCUUCGUUUUACACGGAUCUUGCGGCCCUGAAGCAGCGCGUUCUUAUUGGAAAGCGUGCAUCUUGGGCCGUGUAUGAUGCACUAGGUGCUGAAAACGCGCAUAUUGUGCGCUCUAUCCUCGUUGACCAAAAAAGCAUCAAAAACCCAGUCGAACUUGAUGGAUUUCGCGAAGCGCAUUUGCGUGAUGGACCAGCGCUUGUAUCAUUCUUUGCAUGGCUUGAAGCUAUGUUAACGACUGAGGGACAAGUCGUCUCAGAGACACACGCAGCGAAGCAGCUCACUGCGUUCCGCGAGCAGCAAGAGGAUUUCCGUGGUUUAAGCUUCCCUACGAUCUCGUCGACGGGACCGAACGGCGCCAUUAUUCAUUAUGCUCCACCGGAGGAAGGCAGUCCGCCUAUCGACCCGAACAACCUGUAUGUGUGCGACUCUGGCGCGCACUUCACGUUUGGUACGACAGACGUCACUCGAACGCUACACUUCGGUACACCAACUGCUGAGCAGCGACGUUGCUUCACGCGUGUGCUGCAGGGACACAUUGCCAUUGAUCAGCUUAUUUUCCCGACUCAUGUGACAGGCUAUGUGAUUGAUGCACUUGCGCGUGCACCGGGAUGGCGCGAUCAUCUUGAAUACCGUCAUGGAACUGGGCACGGUGUAGGCCACUUCUUGAAUGUACAUGAGCCACCUAUGGGGAUUGGCACGCGCCCCGUGUUCAAUGAGACGGGCCUUCAGCCCGGCAUGGUGCUAAGCAAUGAGCCGGGCUACUAUCUCGAUGGCCAUUGGGGUAUCCGAAUUGAGAACCUGGUAAUUGUGCAGCCCCAUUUCCUUUCGAAUGGUGCUGAGCCGCCGACUAGCAAAGGAUUUUUGCGGUUUGAGCGCCUAACAAUGUGUCCGAUUCAAACCCGACUGAUCGACACAGGCUUGCUCUCACCUGACGAGCGUGCAUGGAUCAAUGCCUACCACGAUGAAGUGCUGACGAAGCUGCGUCCUCGUGUUGAGAAGGAUGCGCGUGCAUUGAAGUGGCUUGAACGAGAGUGUGCGCAUAUAUAA